GAAGACAAGCAAUGACAAGUAUAAAAAAUGUUAUACGGUAACGGUGGUAUAAAUCACAGUGUAAUUAAAAAAUUGAUGGUAUAAUAAUUAUUUAAUUUUCUUGGACUUUGUGCUUUUGUCACAAAAGAUUUUUUGAAUGAAUUUUCAUAUAUAAAAUCUACCACUGUGUAACAAUAAAAACAAUGAAAGUAUAAUUAUUGAUAUUGAUACAAAUAUGUCCUGGGAUAUCUAUAACGAUUUAACUCUAUAUAUCACGUCGGAAAAGUUUUAUAUCGAGGCAAAGGCAAGUGAUGAGCUGUUACUUAUCGACAGACCAUCAGAAUUUAUAACUUUAGAACGAAAUGUCGGCCAAAUUCCGCCCGUUAGUAGUAGAAAAGAUUUUUGUGGUUUACUUGGUUCCAUAAACUUGUUAGCUGGCAGGUACCUAGUCAUAGCAACCCAACGUGAACUGGUAGGAUAUAUCGGAGGUCACGCGAUAUGGAGACUGGCAAAAGCCGAACUUCUGCCUUAUUGCAGAAGUCUGUUUCAUUUGAGUGCUGAGAAACAAGCGGAUAACAAUUUAUACUUGAGUAUGAUCGAGCAGGUAUUAUCGACGCCAUUUCAUUACUUCAGCUAUAGCUACGAUAUUACACAUUCUAUACAACGAUUGCACGACAUCGGUCCAGAUUUUUGGCAGCAGUCUUUAUGGGACCGAGCAGAUCAGAGAUUUGUAUGGAACGGACAUUUAUUACAACCCUUUAAAAACUUGCAUUUAAAAAAAUUCUGUUUGCCUCUGUUACAUGGAUUUAUAUCGAUUAACCAGUGCGUCAUCAACGGUAACAAUUUUACCUGGGCUAUUAUAUCGAGAAGAAGUAUCCUUAGAGCUGGUACACGGUUGUUUAGGAGAGGUGUAGAUGGGGAGGGCAACGUUGCUAAUUUUGUAGAAACCGAGCAGGUAAUAGAGUUUCAAGGGGAUAGAGCUAGUUUUGUACAAGUGAGAGGGUCGAUACCACUAUUUUGGCAGCAAAAUCCAGAUUUACGAUACAAACCUCCUCCGACAUUGUUGGAGGUUGAUCCUCAGGAACAACAUAACGCCUGUUUGCGUCAUCUGGAGCACGUAGCCGAAUUGUACGGGAAGCAAGUUGUAGUUGAUCUGGUAGAUCAAAAAGGCGCUGAGGGGGUAUUAGAGAGAGCUUUUAAAAACACUCUUCACAUCCUGUCUUAUCCUUCUGUACGUUACGAGCCGUUCGACUUCCAUUCCGAGUGCAGGAAAAUGAGGUGGGACCGACUCUCUAUCCUAAUAGAUAGAUUGGCCUUGGAUCAAGACGAAAUGGGUUUCUUUUUGCUUUUAAGGGAUGGUACGCUUUCCUCUUUACAGGAAGGCGUUUUUAGAACUAAUUGCAUUGACUGUCUAGACAGGACGAAUGUCGUUCAGAGUAUGUUGGCACAUCGCAAUUUGGAGACGGUUUUGAAGAAGCUUCAUAUUCUGCAACAGAAUCAGAAUUUAGAGCAACAAUACUCGUUCGAAUUGCUGUUUAAAAAUGUCUGGGCGGACAAUGCAGAUAUAAUAAGUAAGCAGUAUUCGGGUACGGGCGCACUGAAGACAGAUUUUACCAGGACCGGGAAGAGGACUAAAGCUGGCCUAAUUCGAGACGGUGUCAAUUCCAUAACUAGAUAUUACAAAAAUAAUUUGAUGGACGGUUUUAGACAGGAUUCCAUUGAUUUGUUUCUUGGAAAUGGCAAAAUAAUUUCUCCUUUUACAGUCGAAAAGGGGUGGAGAUACAUCACAUUCCCGUCAGUAUUGUUGAUAGCCAUUGCGAUGUUUGUGGCUUGUGCUGUAUUUCCAUCCGAGUACUCAACGGAAUCUUUACUGUAUUUACUUUUUUGGGGAUCCAUGGUUUCGGCUACAGCUCAUACCAUAUUCAGAUAUGGAAUGGAAUUCGUAGAUAAACCCAGAUUAAUGCAAAUAUAGGGUUUCUGGAUUUUAGAGCUUACCGUGAAAUUGUAUUCUUUACAUAUAUCUGUAUAUAAUUUCUAUUUCAUUUACAAAUAUUUGUAUAAAUUUUUAUUUGUAUUAAAUUUGUGAAUGUCACCGAUUAAUUAUACGUAUUAGUAGUUAGUAGAAGAAUAUAUUGUAUUAAUGGUGGUAAAUAUAAUUUUUCAUUCCA